AUGAGAAAAUGUGAAAACAUCACCGUCCCUCAGAGCACCAUUUUUACCUGGAGACUGGGUGUCAAGUCUUCACCAGAAAAACCUCGUUGGAUUAUUGUUGGAUUCCAGACUGAAAAAGAUAACAAUCAGUUGAAGAAUCCGGCUAUCUUUGACAACGUUAAUGUGAGUAACAUGCACGUCACGUUAAAUGAAACUAGAUACCCCGCUAUUGAUUACAAUAUUUCAUUUAUUAAGCAACAGCUUAGUCGGGUAUAUGGCGACCCUGCGGCAUUCAGAUCCAAGUUUUUUCACAUGGAUGAGUUGGUGAGUAAUCCGAACAUCACUGCGAGCGAUAACAAGGAUUUAUACCCACUCUUUGUGUUUGAUGUGAGCAAGCAGAGUGAGAGGCUGAAAACCUCUGUGACAGACAUCAAGGUCAAAGUGCACUUCAAUGUAAAUGAACCCGCGGAUACACAAGCAUUUGCUCUAGUCAUCUCGGAUAAAAUGCUAUCAUUUCAUCAGACGGAGAGAAGAUGA